GAGCCAAGUCGCCUCCAGAUGCCAAAAAGGGCAUUUGUCUAAACAAGACUCUGCGAUCCAAUGACUAACAAAAACCCAGAUAACAAAAACAAGGUUACUUGAUGAAUAUGCAUGGAUUAUUAUCCCUUUCUCUAACGCCACACAAUUUUCUCUCUACUUCUCGUCUCUCCUCGAGAUCCCUUCUUUACUUUCAAAAGCCUGCAAAUUUAUCGUUACCCAAAUGUGGAUACAGCGUCUGUCAUGGUUCUGCCCUGCUUUCCUUCGCUCCGCAAGAGCUCGCACCCUUUUAUGGAAUCCACGGAAGGAAGAGAAGAAGAAGAAGAAGUUAUAGUAACCUUGUGAGAGCGAGUCGCGGAGAGCCUCCAUAUGAGGUUCUCGGUAUUUCUCCCUCUGCUUCACCGUCCGAAAUCAAAAGGGCUUAUCGGAAACUGGCCUUAAAGUAUCACCCAGAUGUUAAUAAAGAGGCAAAUGCGCAGGAAAAAUUUAUGAGGAUUAAACACGCAUAUAAUACAUUGAUGAAGUCCGAAUCACGGAGAAAAUAUGCAUCUGGAAAUCAAACUUCGGAUUUUUCCUACUCUCAAAGAAGCCGAAGCACUAGUACUGCUGAGGAGGAAGAGUUCUACGGAUUUGGUAACUUUUUAAGGGAUGUUCAAAUAACGAUAGAGGACUUCUUUAGAGAUCUUCAAGAAGAGUUCCAAAAUUGGGAAGCAACAGCUUCUUCAAAUGGGAAGCCGAAGAGCCUAUGGGAGGAGCUAGCGGAGAUUGGCGAAGAUUUCGUAGAGUUUCUAGAGAAAGAGCUGAACAUAAAUGAUCAGGAGGGUGAAGCAAAUGAUGAGAACAGAAAUCCCUUCGAUGAUUUUUCUGCAGCAGAAAAAACAGGGAGUGGGAUUAAGAAUGAAGCGGGAAAAGAGAGCAGUAUCGAAGAAAAUAUUGAUGAGAUAGAGGCUGCUCUUUCGCAAUUGAAAAAGGAAUUAGGUUUGCAGUAGAGAAAUGCAACUUUGAACUCAAUCUGUGUUGUAAGAUACCCAAGGGUGCAGUGCCUCCUCAACCUAUACAUGCACAACAAUUUCUGCUGACAACUUCGGCUGAGAAAGCCAUUCUUUGAAGAACUUCAGUGGUGAAAGAAUUGCUGGUUUCUGAAGUUGUGUUAAACUAGCUGGUAGAAAUGCUGUUGUUAUAUUUGUUGUAACUGCAUAGAAGCAGUCCACAGGUUGUACAAAUGAUAAUUAUCAUCUUUGAACUGAUAAAAUUAUUUGUUCAGAUGAUCUUAACAAGUUGUCCAGAGUUGGAAUUGGUGAAA